AUGAUAUCAUCAUCAGAUAAUAUUCUUUUUGAAAUUUUUACAGAAUUAUGUGAAGGUACUAAACAAUCAUCAAAAUUACCAUAUGAAUCUUUACUUUUAUUACAUCUAUUACCAUUAUUACUUGUAAAUAUUGAUUUACCGAAUAAUUUAAUAAAUAAAAUGGUUUUAGGAUUUCCUGUAUCGAUGUUUGAUCCACGAAAUCUUCGACCGGGAUCUGCAUUUCUUUAA